AUGCAAACACCAUCUUACAUCAACCAACAAGAAUUUGCACGCCUCUGGCAAAAUGCACAACGACAAGGAUGGCAUCUAUCUCCAAGAUAUAAUAAUGUAAACGUGCAAAUGGUCUUGCCACCUGAAAAUCAUCCAGCAGCUUUAAAUAGUUGGGCUGCAAUUUAUAGUAAUGUGAAUUAUGGAAAUCAAGUUUUGCGUGUACCACAUUGGUUUUAUUCAGAAGUCGGAAGAAACUCGAAUUAUAGCCAGCAUAGUCGUAGUCCAAAAAAUGUGAACUGCAGUAUAAGUUGACGACAAUUUGACGUUGAUUAGUUUUUAUAUUUUAAAUAAAUGGUUUAAAAAUUUUCUGGUCUACUUAGUCGGGAAAUAUAAGCAAAAUAAAAUCUCCGAAAUUUCACUGCUAUCUGUCUUCUGCAUAAUAGAUUAAUCGAC